UUAAACGUCAAAUCAUGUCAUUUCCUUUUGAUUAGUGGGCCGUCCAAUUAUUAAGUUUGUGAUUGUUUGUGAAAUAAAGCGUAAUGAUGGCUGCUGAGGACACAACAGCGGACGCGACGAGGCGGUUAAAUGUUAAGAAACAAACGCUGGACGACGCGUACGCGGCGCCGGCCAAUUUCCUCGAAAUUGACGUGGUGAACCCAGUGACGACAAUGGGAGUCGGGAAGAAACGCUAUACGGAUUAUGAAGUCCGCAUGAGGACCAAUCUGCCCGUGUUCAAAGUGAAAGAGUCGAGCGUGAGGCGGCGGUACAGCGACUUCGAAUGGCUCAGAAACGAAUUGGAACGAGACAGUAAGAUUGUAGUACCACCUUUGCCGGGCAAAGCUUUAAAGAGGCAAUUGCCUUUCCGUGGAGAUGAUGGCAUAUUUGAAGAGGAAUUUAUAGAGGACCGCAGAAAAGGCUUAGAAACAUUCAUCAACAAGAUAGCCGGGCACCCGCUAGCACAGAAUGAGCGCUGCCUGCACAUGUUCCUGCAAGAGCCAACCAUCGACAAGAACUACGUCCCCGGCAAGAUACGGAACACAUAAUAAUCACACUCUGCCCAACUUUGGAACAAUUCUGCUCAUACUAUCUAUAUUUAAACCGAUAAGUUGUAAACUACUUUUUAAAGAAGAGAUACUCGCGUCUGGGUGAUGUGUAGAUAUGUUUUAGAGGUAUACAAUAAAGGGGGUAAAUUAGUAUUAAGAAUACUAUACACAGGAUAAUAUUGCAUCUAUUUUAUCUAUUUCAUCUAUCUAUUCUGAUAAAAAAACCCAGGCAUUCUACUGCGAUUUGCCUUUAUAUGACAUCUUCCUCACAAGAAUUGCUCUUAAAAAUCAUAAGUAAAAUUAGUAAUUAUUAGACUACCCAUCUUUUUAGUUAAGGGUUGUAAAGGGUGUUAAGGGUGCUAUUAUAUAACAGAUUUUGCGUGAGAAAAAGAUCUCAUAUAUUCUGUAUGUGUAUGAGUAGGUAUUGGCAUAAUUAAUUGAAUUAAGAUCUCAUCAAGUGUAUGUUUUCACCCAGGAUUUCUAUGUAAAUUGGUAGGUUUUUUUCUUUAAAAAGUAGUUUUAUACAAUACAUAUUCACUGAGUGAAAGUUUUAAUUCAGUCACGCCACUCACGCCCUGAUUGGUCGAACUAUGGAGCCUUGGUCAGGUAAGUUCCAGAAUUUUAGUCAAAAUUUAAAUAACUGUUUAUUAAUAUCACUGUUAAAAAUAACAAGCAGUUGACAAGUUAACUUGAAAUGAUAAAGUUUAACACAUUCAGUGCCGAAAACCCGACUAUCGUGUAUUUUAUGAUUUCGUUCGCAGGCCGGACGACCCGAUAGUCGGGAUCGUGGUACUACUGCUUUAUAUGACGAAAUUGUUGUGGCCUGGCGCGGACGUCUUGUUUGGCUGGGUGGCAAUGAAUGUGUUAAAAAUGUAUCUGAGUUUAACCAAGAUAAAUCACUAUGCAAAUUGUUACGAUGACUAAUGUUCUUAAGUCUAUAAAACAAUAUUUUUUGUCAAGUCUGGACUUGCCACUGAUAAUAUACUUAAUGAUAUAGACUCCAGUUCAACCAUUAUUUAAAAUACAAAUGAUCUAUUUACACUAAUAAAUUAUUUGUUCAUAUUACACUAACAGCACUAUUAUAAUUAAAUGGCGGGAUUGUUCCAAAGUAAUAGAUAAUGUAUCAGUGAUCAUAUUAAAAUAUCACGAAUGCAAUAACCUUCGAGCGAUGGAAAAUGACGACGGAUUUCUUAUGCGGCACUGCAUUCCACAGAUAAAAAAUAUAUUUAUUCUUGCGUUCAGACUGCAACGAUCUGGUGCGAACAGUGAAUCAUUAUGCUGUGUCUACAUUUGAGUAAACGUUAUCCGCUAUGACAUGACUCAAAUGGGUAGACACUAAUAAAAUUAGAACAAAAUUAGUUAUUGUUUGAAAUUAAGCAAUAUUAUUGGAAUUGUUGAAAUUGUUUAGCGUUCAUAAUCUCUAUGUAUAUUCAGUUAGCAUUGCGAGUAAUUAUAUGUUAUAGUCAAUAGAUUAAACACUAAGGUAAUUUUACUUUAUUUUGUAUACAUAAAAUCUCAUUGGUUUGAAUUCAUUCGCCAUCUUUUUUUUUUCUAAAUCCCUGUGCAAGAGACUUCUGAACCGAGCUAAUCCUUCUCACUCUCACAUAUAGCAGGGUCUCUUUUCCUUGGGAGUUUCAUCAUGUUUGAGCUAGCUAAGUGUAUUUAUUUUCCUGGUUUAUUUGGUAUGAGUUGAGAUGCUUCUGGCCUAGAUUGGUAGCGGUGAAAUAAUCUGAAUUAUUUCCCAUCGUCGAUUUAAACUUUCGAUUUUAAAGAUGGCAAACGAACCAAACAAUUCUAGGCUCGAAGCAUUGAUGGGAUUGUAAUAUAAUUAGACUUAUAUUUAGUUUAACUUAGAUUAAAAAUUUAAAAACAAACGUAGGUUGCCACAACACAACUUUUAUAAGAUCUUAUGACCUUUCAUAUUAUGUAUCAUAAAACAUCAUAAAUUGGCAGGUAUGUGAUACUGAUAAGCAGAUAUCGUUAAUUUUAUAGCAUUUUUGGUGCAGCGGAGUGGUGUUAACGGAACUAGUAUACCUAGAUAAUUCCAACUGAAAUGUUAAAUUAAGGUUAAUAUUAACGUAAUUAACGCUAAUUAAUCAUUAGGGUUGUAAUUGUUUAUACCAAUUCCGUUAACACCACUCUGCUGCACCGAAAAUGCUACCUAUAAAAUUUACGAUGUCUGCUGAUAAGUCAGACUAAGCCUUUUUUAUUAAACUAAAAAGAAACCAUAUACAGUGUGUUUUCUGUAACAGGAGCAAUAAAUUAAACUGUAGUUUGUACGCCUCAAACUGACCACAUCUGUUCAGCAACUUUUGAAAAUAAUUCAUGGUUUGAUUUUUAUUACACUUUAAAGUUUAUUCUAAGACGCAAUGUAUUGCAAAUUUUACAGCGUGUCAUGUUUACAGCGUGACAAGCAACGUCAAACACACUGAUGUCAGCGUACAUUGAAGGCAAUAUUUAUUUUGUAUGAAAAAGAGGAAGUCUAAAGGAUUUAUAUUUUUUAAAAGUUGCUGAACAAAUGUUGGUCAGUUUGAGGAGUACAGCUUUUAGUUUAAUUUAUUGCUCCUGUUACAGGAAGCACCCUGUAUGCUCAGAACUCAUUUGAAUGAGUAGGAGGGAGUUUUUCCAGUGGGUUGAAAGUAGAAAACGACCCAAUAGGCAUAGAGUUUAAUAGUCAUAAUAUCUUAUGUCGGUUGCGUGGCAUAAACAUCACCUAUGUGAAUUCCUGUAACACCAAGUAGGCGUUUGGGUAUUAUUCCACUCUAGGGUUCCUCUUCGAUAAGAAUUCAACAUUUGCAGUCAAAGUCAAAAAUAUCUUAACUGCCAAAAUGGCAGAAAGAUGUCAACAGGAGUCCAUGGUUGUAAUUGCUUACUUUGACUACAAAUAAAAUAUAUUGUUAGAGCCGAUACAGAUGGACUGCAACCCGACUGCAAUUUGUAUGAGAACUGCACGUUAACUGCAACGUCGGCGUGCAGUUCCUAUACAAGUUGCAGUCCGUAUGUACCGGCCCUUAUCGAAGAAACACUAGUGUGAUUUCUAUGGUACGAUUCUCAAAUUCGCGAGUUCUAUUCGAGAUUCCAUAGUGAUGCCUUAUCUCAAAUUUUAUCGAUUCGAGAAUCGGACCAAUAGUAACCAUUCGCCGAUAAUCAAAGUAUUUUAAACAGUGCCUGAAGGCAUAGGUAAAUGAAUUGACCUUUUUAAAAAUAUUUUUCGCCUUGGGUGUACAAAAUUGGUAAUUGGAUGGUUACUUUCGAAAGGUCGUAACUGCAUUGUGCGCACGAUUUGAUUGCCUUUACGAGAGAUAGCUAUAGCAAGGUAUUUGUUUCUGAGGAAAUAGCUUUUAUUUUAUUUUAUUUUUCUUUAGUCUGUUAUGCAGUAAGGUGUAUUCGGGUAAUUCCGAAUAUCGAAAACUGUAGGAUAAUUCCUAAAAGAGACUUUUAUUAUAAUUGAAUUUUUGGGUGAUUUUCAUCUGAAUUUCGGAAUUACCCGAAUACACCUUACCUUAGGGAGGUUUUCUUGCUAACGAUUUCUAAAAGAAGUGCUUUCUUAACCACAUAUUCAAAGAUACUGCAACGUGCUUACGGAAUGCGUCCAUAGGCUAAAGCGAGUAAAGCGUCUACUUACCACGCGGGCCGUACGCUUGGUAGCCACUAGAAUAAAAAAGAAUUGAAGUGGCAGUCAACUCGUGGCAGCAACAUUUGAAUGUCUUUUCAAAAGGGUUUAUUUUUGUAUGGUUUUAGAGAAAUGAGCCCUUUUGAAAACGAGUUGUCGAGAUACGAUCUUUCUAAAGUCACCACGUAAUGUAGUUUUAUAUAUGAAUAAUAUCUAAUUUGAACAGAAGCGGUGUCAUGGUCGCGUUUUUAUCACUUGUCAUGCCAUGCGUCACUUUCGCACUUACACAUUUGUUAGAACGGGACAGACAUGGUGACAAAUGAUAAAGAGUCGACCAUGUGUUGUCGGUUAGUAUAAAUGACUGUUUAGAUAUACAGAGAGUAUAAAUGUCAGUAAUCUGUCAAACGCAAGUUAACAUUCGGUUACGUAUUAUGUCGAUCAUAAUAGGAUAUAAUGAAAUAAAUUUGCUAUCAUGUCA